AUGGUGGAGGAGGUGAAGGUGGUGGAGUGCUGCAUGGUGACGCCCAGCGAGGAGACGCCCAGGUGCAGACUCUGGCUCUCCCCGCUUGACCUCAUGAUGGUCAACAGGGGCCACACCCCGAUAGUCUACUUCUACCGCUCCGCCUCAGUCUCCGACGACGGCUUCUUCGAGGUGGCCAGGCUGAAGGCCGCGAUGGCCAAGGCCCUGGUCCCGUUCUACCCUCUCGCCGGCCGUCUGGGCGUUGAUGGUGAUGGCCGGCCAGAGAUCGACUGCACUGGACAAGGUGCGCGCUUCGUGGUUGCUCGCUCAGAACUCGCCACCGCCGACUUCAGCGCUCGCCAGCCGUCGCCUGAGCUGAGGAGGCUCUUCAUCCCCAGGGACAUCGACGAUGUCAUACUCGCCGUCCAGGUGACCUUCUUCAAGUGCGGUGGGGUGGCCCUAGGCACCGCGCUGCACCACGUCGUCAUCGAUGCCCUAAGCGCGUUCCACUUCUUCCAGACGUGGUCCGCCUUCUCCAGAGACGGGGCCGGCGACGGCGCUGGAGCAGCCGCGACAGCGCUGGAGCUGCCAUGCCACGACCGUACCCUCAUUCGCGCACGCUCCCCGCCACGCGUCGUCAACCCCGACGCUCUCUCCGUGUUCUUGCCCCUCAAAAACGACCCAAACAUACCCGUGCCGGAGCCAUCUGGGCCUGCCGUCAACGAGAUUUUUGUUCUGUCCAACGACCAGGUCACCGCUCUGAAGCGUGCCUGCGGUGGCGCGAGCACGUUCUGCGUGUUGUUCGCCCACGUGUGGCGCUGCCUGUGCGCCGCUCGGCGGCUACCGACGGACGCCGAGACGCGGUUCAGCUUCCCGGCUAACUUCCGGCGCAGCCUAAGGCCGUCGCUCCCGGCACGCUACUUCGGCAACGGGAUAAUCAUGGUGGGCACCGCCUGCAAGGUGCGGGACGUCGUCGCCACGGACGGCUCGAAGGACCAGGCGCCGCUGGCCUCCGUCGCCGGACGGAUCAGGGACGUCGUCCGCGGGCUGGACGACGAGCUGGUGCGCUCCUCGAUUGACUACCUGGAGACGGCGCCAACUAUGCCUGCGGCGUGCAGCAUGCCGGCGACGGAGCUGACUAAACAUUGGAUUAUAAAGAAUGAUGACCUCAAAGACAAAGAGCUUCAAGAACUCGGUUCUGAAACUUUUGGUAAAAUGAUGGAUUCCGAUGCUUCGUCGGGUGAGGAGUAUGGACCAAUGGGGCUUGACCAAAGGAUUCAAGAUGAGUUCUUCAAUUCGUCAGAUUCGAAUGAAGAAGUGGACAUGAUUAUGGUCAUGAGCAUGCAAGAGGAAAUGGACCGGCAAGUGGAGUAUAUUUUCAACUUUAAGGGCUCAAUCAUAGGGAGAAGAGUGAUCAACCGGGACAAGGUGUCCGGAGCAAAGUUACUGCACAAGGACUACUUUGCUCCCAAACCUACUUUCCUGGAUGAUCCAUGGGAGUGGAGGCACACGACGACUACUUCAAGCUCACAAGGGAUUGCUGCGGCAAACUCGGUCAAGCAGAAGUGCACGGCUGCUCUGAGGAUGCUUGCACUUGGUACUGUCGCAGAUGUCACUGGUGAGAUGGUCAGGAUGCGGGAGAGCAUGUGCCUGAAAACUACUGUCAAAUUUGCCUGCGCCGUGGUGGAGGUGUUUGGACCUGAGUAUCUCAGAGAACCAAAUGCGCAGGACAUAGAGAAGUUGUUCGCUAUUGGAGAGAAGUAUGGCGUGCCCGUCAAUGAUGAGGGGUAG